AUGGGUCAGGGUGUCCAUGGGUCAGGGUGUCCAUGGGUCAAGGUGUCCAUGGGUCAAGGUGUCAUGGGUCAAGGUGUCCAAGGGUCAGGGUGUCUAUGGGUCAAGGUGUUCAUGAGUCAAGGUGUCCAUGGGUCAGGGUGUCCAUGGGUCAAGGUGUCUAUGGGUCAAGGUGUCCAUGGGUCAAGGUGUCAUGGGUCAGGGUGUCUAUGGGUCAAGGUGUUCAUGGGUCAAGGUGUCCAUGGGUCAGGGUGUCCAUGGGUCAAGGUGUCCAUGGGUCAGGGUGUCUAUGGGUCAAGGUGUCAUGGGUCAAGGUGUCCAUGGGUCAGGGUGUCUAUGGGUCAAGGUGUUCAUGGGUCAAGGUGUCCAUGGGUCAGGGUGUCCAUGGGUCAAGGUGUCCAUGGGUCAGGGUGUUCAUGGGUCAAGGUGUCCAUGGGUCAAGGUGUCCAUGGGUCAAGGUGUCCAUGGGUCAAGGUGUCCAUGGGUCAAGGUGUCCAUGGGUCAAGGUGUCCAUGGGUCAGGGUGUCUAUGGGUCAAGGUGUCAUGGGUCAAGGUGUCCAUGGGACAGGGUGUCUAUGGGUCAAGGUGUUCAUGGGUCAAGGUGUCCAUGGGUCAGGGUGUUCAUGGGUCAAGGUGUCCAUGGGUCAGGGUGUCCAUGGGUCAGGGUGUCAUGGGUCAAGGUGUCCAUGGGUCAGGGUGUCCAUGGGUCAAGGUGUUCAUGGGUCAAGGUGUUCAUGGGUCAAGGUGUCCAUGGGUCAGGGUGUCCAUGGGUCAGGGUGUCAUGGGUCAAGGUGUCCAUGGGUCAAGGUGUUCAUGGGUCAAGGUGUCCAUGGGUCAGGGUGUCCAUGGGUCAGGGUGUCAUGGGUCAAGGUGUCAAUGGGUCAGGGUGUCCAUGGGUCAGGGUGUCAUGGGUCAAUGUGUCCAUGGGUCAGGGUGUCCAUGGGUCAGGGUGUCAUGGGUCAAGGUGUCCAUGGGACAGGGUGUCCAUGGGUCAGGGUGUCCAUGGGUCAGGGUGUCAUGGGUCAAGGUGUCCAUGGGUCAAGGUGUCCACGGGUCAGGGUGUCAUGGGUCAAGGUGUCCAUGGUCAAGGUGUCCAUGGGUCAGGGUGUCUAUGGGUCAAGGUGUCAUGGGUCAAGGUGUCCAUGGGUCAGGGUGUCAUGGGUCAAGGUGUCCAUGGUCAAGGUGUCCAUGGGUCAGGGUGUCUAUGGGUCAAGGUGUCAUGGGUCAAGGUGUCCAUGGGUCAGGGUGUCUAUGGGUCAAGGUGUCCAUGGUCAAGGUGUCCAUGGGUCAGGGUGUCUAUGGGUCAAGGUGUCAUGGGUCAAGGUGUCCAUGGAUCAGGGUGUCAUGGGUCAAGGUGUCAUGGGUCAAGGUGUCCAUGGGUCAAGGUGUCCAUGGGUCAGGGUGUCUAUGGGUCAAGGUGUCCAUUGGUCAGGGUGUCCAUGGGUCAAGGUGUCCAUGGGUCAAGGUGUCCAUGGGUCAAGGUGUCCAUGGGUCAAGGUGUCCAUGGGUCAAGGUGUCCAUGGGUCAAGGUGUCCAUGGGUUAGGGUGUCCAUGGGUCAGGGUGUCCAUGGGUCAGGGUGUCCAUGGGACAAGGUGCACAUGGGUCAGGGUGUCUAUGGGUCAAGGUGUCCAUGGGUCAAGGUGUCCAUGGGUCAGGGUGUUCAUGGGUCAAGGUGUCCAUGGGUCAGGGUGUCCAUGGGUCAAGGUGUCCAUGGGUCAAGGUGUCCAUGGGUCAGGGUGUCCAUGGGUCAAGGUGUCCAUGGGUCAAGGUGUCCAUGGGUCAAGGUGUCCAUGGGUUAG